CUUGAAAACAGUAGGUUUGAUGGUCGUUAAUAACUAGCUAGGACUCCCCGGGAUUGUUCACAACAGAGGAAGCCACACCAGCCCUGGCCAAAUAAAGACCCGUCGCGAUUUUUAGAUCCUGUUUUGAAACCAUACUAACGGAAACUAACGUUAACGCGUUCCUGUGCGAAGGGUUUCGUUCUUCUCCUGAUAACAGCUAACGUUAUUGUUUAUACCGAGCUAGCUUUGUCCUUUGCAGUCACAGCUGUGGUGUGUUGUUGAUAUAUUUACACAAAUCGUUGUGGAAUAUGGCUCAGCAUGGACAUCAUGUAGCCAGUUCCCAAAAAGCACUAAUGCUGGAGAUGAAAAGUCUCCAGGAUGAGCCAGUCGAAGGGUUCAAAAUAACUUUGGUGGACGAGUCGGACAUGUACAACUGGGAAGUAGCGAUAUUCGGACCCCCAAAUACGCACUACGAGGGUGGUUAUUUUAAGGCUCGGAUCAAGUUCCCCGUCGACUACCCGUACUCUCCACCUGCUUUCCGCUUCCUCACCAAAAUGUGGCAUCCCAACAUUUAUGAGAACGGUGAUGUAUGCAUCUCUAUCCUGCACCCACCAGUGGACGACCCACAGAGCGGAGAGUUACCUUCAGAGAGGUGGAACCCCACACAGAACGUCAGGACCAUCCUGCUCAGUGUGAUCUCUUUGCUGAACGAGCCCAACACUUUCUCCCCGGCCAACGUGGAUGCAUCCGUCAUGUACCGCAAGUGGAGGGACAGCAAGGGCAAGGACAGAGAAUACAUCGAGAUCAUCAGGAAGCAGGUGGUGGCUACAAAAGCUGAAGCAGAGCGGGACGGCGUCAAGGUUCCCGUCACGUUGGACGAGUACUGCGUCCGCACCCAAGUCCCGCCCACGGACGACGGCUCCAACCUCUUGUACGAUGACUACUACGACGACGAGGACCUGGAGGAAGAGGACGAGGACGACAACGAGGACUGUUGCUAUGACGACGAUGACUCAGGCACAGAGGACUCCUGACCAUGCCUUCCCAUGAUGUCUCCCUCUCGUCCCUGACCAGUCCCCGGCCUCACCCCCUCGCCGCACACACACACACACACACACACACACACACACCUCCCUUCCUCGUCAUGGACUGAACUUUAACUCCCUGCCCCCAUCUUUCUCCUGAAUCAACCGAAUCAACCCCUCACCCUGUCCACCUUCUAUCACAUGUGCAGUCACAGUAUGCACACUAAAACCUGAUGCAUCAAAGACAAGAAUGCUACAGAGUUGUUUUUGUUGGUUUCUUACAUGUUUCUCUUUGUAUUUUUUUCAUUUGUCGUCUGAGUAGAGACGAUGCACACACAAAGUAGCACAACUUACAGAUAGUAGUACUUCCGUUUGUCUGCGCUGAUAACUAAAAAAACAAAAACGUGUUAGCUCCAAGAUCUGUUCCUUCCUCUGGCUUUGAGUGGAACAAAGUGUGUCAGAGGACCAGGUUUCUUGUAGAAAACCUGGAACGCUCACACCUUUUAUCUGACAUCGUCAGCAGGGUGGAAUAUAACGUCACAGGUCAGAUCAGAGUAAAAUAAGCAAGUAGUGUUUGCAAAGUAGGCUAAUUUAGAAAGAUUGGUGCGUUGUGUGUGUGUGUGUGUGCGUGUAUGUGUGUUCUGAAAAGCUGAGUCACUUCUGUCUGUGAGCCAUGUGUGUGACUUCUGGUUUAGGGAGCUGUUGAAGCCGUGCCGUGCUUCUCCUCUGACCUUUCUUGAGCACCAAGGCUUGUGCUGCACUAAACGGGCAAGUUAUCCGUU